AUGUCGUUCAUCACUCGGGAAUACAAGUUCGAGAGCAGCAACGUGAUGCAGCAGAAAUCAGAUCAACACACGAUGGCCAUGCGGAGUCUGAGGAAACUGGUCAAACCCCUUCUGCGGCUGGUGCGUAGGAAGCAGUUACUCCGGAAGACACUCGCCGAGAUCCAGAACCAGAAUGCAGUCAAUGCCUCGCUGGAGGACAUGCGUCGUGAUCCGGCGGCCAGUUGUGAUAACAUGGCCAAUGAGGAGCUGGAGCAGCGACUCUACACCGAACUCCGACAGUGUCCCAACAAUGUGGCCAUGAUCGUUCAGCCGGGACAGCAGCAACAGGCAGUGAUCCCAGUUCAUCCAGAGCAAACCUUCAUCCCGGUUCACUUUGCCCGCACCAGCAGUGGUACCUUCUUCUGGACCUCGGCCGAGGGAGCCCGCCAGCAUCAUGAGCAGCAAAUGCGUCAACAGUUCGACCGCUGGGUUCAGGCCUAG